GAAAACAGGUGAAGAAGAAACCGCUUCUUCUUCGUGCUUUGCUUUCUUUGUAGCAUCGCUGUGUCUGCUGUUCUUAUAACAUCAGAAGUUUUCAAUGACUGUUUAAAACAGAGAAAUUAACACAGAGGAGGAUCUGCUGCUAAAAGUUUAACAACAUGAAGCUCAACAUAGACGGACUGUUAGUGUAUUUUCCAUAUGACUACAUUUACCCUGAGCAGUACUCCUACAUGCUGGAGCUGAAGAGGACUCUGGAUGCUAAGGGUCAUGGAGUCCUGGAGAUGCCUUCAGGGACAGGGAAGACCAUCUCUCUGCUGUCUCUCAUCGUCGCCUAUCAAAAGGCGUUUCCCUUAGAAGUGACCAAACUUAUAUACUGCUCCAGGACGGUCCCUGAGAUCGAGAAGGUCGUGGAGGAGCUCAGGAAGUUGAUGGAGUUUUAUUCCAAACAAACUGGAGAGACGAACAACUUCCUGGCUCUGGCCCUCUCCUCCAGGAAAAACCUCUGCAUCCACCCGGAGGUGAGCGCUCUGCGCUUUGGUAAAGAGGUUGACGGGAAAUGUCACAGUCUGACGGCGUCGUACAUUCGAGCCCAACGCCACAGUGACCCGGACCAGCCCGUGUGUCGCUUCUAUGAGGAGUUUGAUUCAGUCGGCCGACAGGUUCCUCUUCCUGCAGGCGUCUACAACCUCGACGACCUGAAGGACUUUGGCAGAAGGAAAGGCUGGUGUCCGUAUUAUCUGGCACGCUACGCGAUCCUGCACGCUAACAUCGUGGUGUACAGCUACCACUACCUGCUGGACCCAAAGAUAGCCGACCUGGUGUCCAAAGAGCUCGCCAAGAAGUCUGUGGUGGUGUUCGAUGAGGCUCAUAACAUCGACAACGUGUGCAUCGACUCCAUGAGCGUGAACAUCACCAGACGGACGCUCGACCGAUGUCAGACUAACGUGGACACGCUGCAGAACACCAUACAGAAGAUUAAAGAAACAGAUGCUUUCAAACUGAAGGAGGAGUACCGGCGAUUGGUGGAGGGUCUAAAGGAAGCCAACGUCGCCAGAGAAACAGACGUCUACCUCGCAAAUCCUGUGUUACCAGAUGAAAUCCUUCGAGAGGCCGUCCCCGGUACGAUCCGUACAGCAGAGCACUUUGUCUCCUUCUUGAGACGAUUCCUGGAGUAUCUGAAGUCCCGUCUGAGGGUCCAGCACGUGGUCCAGGAAAGCACCCCUCAGUUCCUCAAAGACAUUUUUGACAAAGUCUGCAUCGACCGCAAACCUCUCAGGUUCUGUGCGGAGCGGUUACAGUCGUUACUACGAACUCUGGAGAUCGCAGACAUCGCAGACUUCUCCGCUGUUACUCUCAUCUCCAGCUUUGCUACUCUGGUCAGCACCUACAGCCAAGGUUUCACUAUAAUCAUUGAACCCUUUGAAGACAGAACUCCAACCAUCGCCAACCCCGUGCUUCACUUCAGCUGUAUGGAUCCGUCUAUAGCCAUCAAACCUGUUUUUCAAAGGUUCCAGUCGGUCGUCAUCACCUCGGGGACUCUCUCUCCUCUGGACAUCUAUCCCAGAAUCCUCGACUUCCGCCCGGUGACCAUGGCGUCCUUCACCAUGACGCUGGCUCGGACCUGCCUCUGUCCUCUGAUCGUCGGCAGAGGAAAUGAUCAGGUGGCACUGAGCUCAAAGUUUGAGACCAGAGAAGACUUUGCUGUGAUUCGCAACUACGGAAACCUCCUUCUGGAGAUGUCUGCGAUCGUUCCUGACGGCAUCGUGGCUUUUUUCACCAGCUACGUCUACAUGGAGAACAUCGUGGCCUCCUGGUAUGAACAGGGUAUUUUGGAGAACAUCCAGAGGAACAAGCUGAUCUUCAUUGAGACUCCAGACGCUGCAGAGACGAGCAUGGCUCUUGAGAAGUUCCAGGAGGCCUGUGAGAACGGCAGAGGAGCGAUCCUCCUCUCUGUGGCCCGGGGGAAGGUUUCUGAAGGAAUAGAUUUCGUGCAUCACUUCGGCCGAGCCGUCAUCAUGUUUGGAGUCCCUUAUGUUUACACCCAGAGCCGGAUCCUCAAGGCUCGUCUGGAGUACCUGAGGGAUCAGUUUCAGAUCAGAGAGAACGACUUCCUGACGUUUGAUGCCAUGCGUCACGCGGCUCAGUGUGUGGGCAGAGCCAUCAGAGGGAAGACCGACUACGGACUCAUGAUCUUUGCCGACAAGCGUUACGCCCGAGCAGACAAACGUGGAAAGCUCCCUCGCUGGAUUCAGGAACACAUCAACGACGGGAGUCUGAACCUCACCGUGGACGAAACCGUUCACCUCUCCAAGCACUUCCUGCGGCAGAUGGCUCAGCCUUUCAGACAGGAGGACCAGCUGGGUCUGUCUCUGCUGACUCUGGAGCAGCUGGAGUCCGAGGAGAUGCUGAAGAAAAUCACUCAGAUUGCUCAUCAGACCUGAAGGUGACAUCACUGCACAUCGUCACUGCACUGUAGUGUGAGAGAGGCCGUCACUGUGCGUGUAUCAUCAGAGCAGGUCACACAGCAGGAGCGACGGAGGUUUCAAUAAAGUUUGGGGGUUUUGAACACACACAUUCUCUUUAUAUAGAAAUAAGGUGUUCAGUUUUUCACGUCACAGAAUUUACUACAAAAUAAAAUCACCACAGUCUUUAUCAACACUCUAAACGUGAAGCUGCAAUUAAACACAAUUAACCACAGUCAUCUGAGAGGUAAAAUAAUGUACAGCUCACACUUUGUGACAGGAUCACCUCUAUAAACUUCAUCAGCUCUUAAAUUGGCUCUGUGUUUAAGAGUUAUCACACUUAUAUAAAACUGCCACUCAAGCUUCACACUGUGCUUAUUUAUCAAGUCUGUUCAGUUUGUUCCCGCCCUCCUUAACUUCAUCCACUCGGUGUUACAUGAGGUGCAGGGAUCAGCCGUUAAACUGAGGCAGAGAUCAGUUCCUGUGUUUUCAGUGUUCAGUAUUAAACAUUACUUACAGACAAGAACUCCUGAAUUAAAGAGCUGUUUUCAUAAGUACUGUGUUUGAGAAGAUAUAAUCAGUCAUCAGCAGGUCAACAUGUUGCUCCAUGUGUGUGUGUGUGUGAUAUCAGUCCAUAAUGUGUCUGUCAUACAGGCAACAACUACUGUUAAGUUUCCUUUGCUACUGCAUCUGUACAUAGUGGCCUUUUAUACCCAGCAUGAGUAUGUUGUUCAAGCAGGAUGUUUAAAUAUAACAUUUUGUAUUUAGUA